GCCAUCCGUGUCCCGCAGCUCUGGGGUACGUGCUGUGGUUGGUUUGUCAUGGGGAUGUCAGUACAGAUUAGGGUUUCUCUUUCAAGUCUCCGACAUGCACAGAAUGGGGAGUGUUCCCACACUCUAUUUUCAGAUCUCUCCCGGCCCAGCUGCAGGGUUGAGUUGUGAUUUGUGGGGCAGGAAGGCCUGUGGAGUUUAUCCAAUAACCUUAAACUACUGCUGUGCUGCUUGGAAAAGGCCCUUCUGUAAUUGCAGCCUGUGCUGUGGCUUUGAGGGACUCGGGAUGCAAAUCCAAGAGGCAAAGUCAAACCUGAAUGAUCUGCUCUUUGUAUACUUCUUUAAGGAAAGGUCCAUGUGAGCUCUGUCAUGCAGCCAUGGAGGUUCCGCUGUAGUCUCGGCCCAGCUGUGCCCGUGUGUGUGGCAGCAGAACACUUGUUCCAUUCCUGAGAGGCAGGAGGUAUGUCCUGGCUGUGCUCCAAACCUGAACCGGGACAGCAGUGCUGCUGCUCUGCACUCUGCCAUGUUCCAGGCCUACACCAAAAGGGAAUUUUUCUUUCAAGCCUAACCCCAGGUAAUCCUCCAAGCCUCGCUGACUAUGUGGACUGACAGACUGACUUGGGAGUCAGCGCUGCUUUGCCUAAUUUGGGAUUAUUCAGAGGCAUCCAAUUCUGCUGCUGUGAGAUGAGAGCAGGUACUUCCCAAACCUGUGGCUGCUGCAUCCUGUGCAGCCAAGGCUCUGUUCUCAUCUGUCCUGUCUCUCCCUGUUGCUCGUGUCUGUGCUAGUGAGCUCCUUUGCUGGCACUGCAACCAUGUGAAGUGAGUGCUGUGGCUCUGAGUCUCUCCUGGCAUGAUGGCUGGUGAGGCAGAGCCUUGUGUGCUGGCAGAGCGGGGACAAGCAUGUCCCAGGCCAAAGAAGGCUGAGGCUGCGAGUGGAGGUGAGGAUAAUGGAGCGUGUCCUACAGCAACAUGGCCUUCUGCCUCCCAGUGUGGUGCCUGAGCAUGGCUGGAGGACCAGAGAGGGGCUGAGCCCCAGGCAGGAUCUGCCACAGAGGAAGAACCGGAGGCUGGUGGGGGCUGUUUCCCACCAGGAAACUCUGACAGGAGGAAGAGAAGACGAGGGUGAGAUGAGGUCAGGCUGGCAGCAGGAGUGGAAAUGUUGGGUUGAAUGUCCAGCCCUGGUUCUCUUGGAUGCCUUGUCUUACUCAGCACCAGCUCAGGGACUGUAGCCAGUAUGGUGUGUCUGGUCCGCCCCGAGCAUCUGCUGCGUGGCAGGAUGGAGCACCGAGUCCUUCUGGCUGCCUCGUUCUGCCAGUGCCUUUGAACAGCUCCACAAGGCCAGCAGAGACUGUUGGCAGGGUGGCAGAGGGCAGCUGUGGCUGCUCAGCCUGGGCACUGUGGCCUGGCAGCACCAAUAGUGGCCACUGCCCUCAGUUGCAGCUGGGCACAGGUUCAUGAUGGUUCUGUCCUUGAGGGAACCUCUUGGAAGCUGCAUCUCGGUUUAUCUGUGAACUGGAGGCAGAGAUAAAGGCUGCACGAUCCUGUGGCAGUGAAAUGCUGGGGAUUAAUUGGUUCGGAGCUGUUCUGAGGUGCAAACUAAGAGCUGGUUGUUCACAGUGCAUUGGGGCCUGAUUCUCAUCCUGAGCUACACCUCCAUGCCUGCCAAAGUUUUUCUUCUGCUACACAGAAGGAUGUGUUUUCAGCAAAGGCUACCAUGUGGAAGACUGAAAAAAAUAAAAUAAAAAGUAACUCCAAGCUCGGAAUGGUGCUGCCAGGGACAAUGUUUACAAGGAAGGAGCCUGAUAAACAAGAAAAAUGGGUGAGUUGCAAAGAGGUGAAAUUGUACAGUGUAACAACAAUUCCCAGCUUGUCAGAGCUUCGCAGUGAUCGCAGCCACCUCAGGCUGACUGCAUGAUCUCCGUUUUUACAGGCAGCCUCAGGAAGCCAGGCUGGACUGAAAAAGUAACGGAAUUAUGUAGAAGUUGUCUGAGUCACUGACCCUGCAUCUCCACAAGUUCUUUCAGGGCACUGCUGUGGAGAAAGACAGAGGAGGCUGCAGCUGAGAGAGCUGGUCACCACGGAUUUCAGAUCUCCUCCCCUAGCCUCUCCCAGUCUUUUGUACUUUCUUUGCUAAUCCAUCCAGUGCAGCAUAAACUGAGGGAGGCAGGAGCUGGAAAGCCUGCUCUGAAGGCUGCUGUGAACACUGCCGGACCAGCCACAGGCAUGAACGUGAAAACUGUGCUCAUCCUCCUCGGUCUGGCGUUAGCCACGAUAUUCGCUUUGGUCUGCAUGUUGCUGACCAGAGGAAGGGCACCCAGCACCUGCCAGCACCUGCCCGUGGAGCAGGAGGACACGGAGGAUGGCCAGAGCCUGGUCUUUGCUGACCUGACACCCGAGGAGAUGGCGCAAGUGGUGCGGUACCUGCAGGGAAACCUCGGGGUGCAGCUGGUUGAUGCCUCGCGUGCCAAACCCUCGGACAACUGCAUCGCCUCCGUGGAUCUGCAGGUCCCUGCCAAGGCAGAGGUGCUGCAGUUCCUGGACGGCGGGGGGGCUCGUCCCGCCCGAGAGGCACUGGCUGUGCUGUACUUUGGGAACCAGCCAGACCCCAAUGUCACCGAGUACGUGGUGGGUCCUCUGCCAACGCCGGCGUACCACCGGGAUGUGACAGUGCAGAAGUACGGGGGGAAGGUGCCAUACCACCGCAGACCGACGCUGGCUGUUGAAUACAGGCAGCUUGGAGGGUUUUUAAAGGGCCAAGUGUUCCCCUCAGCUCCAGCUUUCAUGCGACAAGUAAUGGGCUAUGAUGGAGCCAGUCUUGCAGUCGUGACAGCUGCUCCCCGUGGAUUCCAGUCUGGAGAUCGGAUCACCUGGUUCGUUUUGUUUCAGAACGUGAGUGGAUUCUUCUUGCACCCGGUGGGGCUGGAGGUGCUGGUGGAUCACAGCAGCCUGGAUGUCUCCCGGUGGGCGGUGAGCAGGGUCUUCUACAAUGGGCAGUACUACAGGGACAUGGCUCAGCUGGAGAGUGCCUACGUGCAGGGACAUAUCAGCGUGGAGAAGGUGAGGAAGGCACCACGGGAUGGGGGCUUCUCCUCCAUGAAGCCCCGAGCGCCUUCGGCUGCACUGUUCCCACUGCAGUAUGAGCCCCAGGGUCCUCGCUACAGCAUCAGGAAGAACCUGGUCCUCUUCCAGGCAUGGAGCUUUGCCUUUGGGAUGAGCGUGAGCACGGGCCUGCGCCUGUUUGACAUCCGACACAAGGGGGAGAGGGUUGCCUAUGAAAUGAGUGUGCAAGAGGCGCUGUCCGUGUACGGCUCCAACUGCCCGGGAGGGAUGUCCACGCGGUACAUGGACGGGAGCUUUGGCCUGGGGCGCUACACCUCCCCCUUGGUGCAAGGGGUCGACUGCCCAUAUUUAGCAACCUACCUGGAUGUGCACUACCUUGCUAAUUCCCAGGUCCCUAGAAGUACUAAAAAUGCCCUCUGCAUCUUUGAGCAGAACCUGGGCUCCCCUCUGAGGCGCCACUACUCCAACUUGGAGUCGCUCUACUACGGGGGGCUGGUCAACUCUGCUCUGGUCGUUCGCUCCAUUGCCACCGUGGGCAACUAUGACUAUGUGUGGGACUUCAUCUUCUACCAGAACGGGGCCAUUGAAGGCAAGGUCCAGGCCACAGGGUACCCGAGCUCAUCCUUUCUUCAUGGGGAUGGCCUGAGAUAUGGCAAUAGGCUUUGGGAACACACUCUGGGUACGAUACACACCCAUUUCAUCAACUAUAAGGUGGACUUGGAUGUAGGAGGUAGGUCUGGAUCUUCUUUUAAUGCCUUCAGUUGUACUGAUAAACCCCAGUGCUUUGGGGUUUGCCUCCUUCUCUGUAGAGUCCCUAAUAACUGACAUCAGAACUCUGCUUCUUUACUCUCCUAACCUCUUCUUUCUUUGCAAAAUUAUUUUUCUAUUUAUAAAAUAGUCUGUCAAGGUCGUUGAGUUGAAGGCAGUGAGAAUUUCUGGAAGCUCUGUGUUCAGCUUCGGGAAAGUAUGAAAGGUGGUAGCUGAAAAAUGUUUGUGUUUCCUUGAGGCCUCACAUCUGGCACGGUGUGUGUUGCCAUAGGCAUGGCUGGGCAGACAGGGAGUCGGCCCUGUCUGAGAACGGACGUUGUGAGCCCACUCUUGCGGCACCUGGGGCUGGUCCUGGCACUCCUUGUCCCUUGGGAAAAUCCUUUUAUUGUCUAACUGUGCCAGGUAAAGCAGGGCAGCUGUCCUGGUGCUCCGUGGGGCUGAGCUCCUGCAGCUGUAUCCCACUCCUGUCAUAAGGAAACACUCAAGAGCUGGAUCUCAAGCCUGGGGCUGCAAAGCCGCUACAGCGACCCAGCAAGUUCCCCUGCUUCCCUGUGCAGUCAUGGUCUGGCAGCAGACCCCUGAACAGGGUUGUUUGAGUCCAGGAGCAGUCCCUUGCUCACAGCCAAGUACUGGCAGCCACCCUGGGAGUGCAGGGGUGCUCAGCCUCAGGGGCAGCUUUGCUUCCAAAAGGCUGUUCCAGUAGCUGCAGUCUGGGGGCAGUGGGAGCACAGGUGGACACUCAGUGUCUGUUAUUGAAAACUUCUCCUGUGAAAGGUAGGGGAAAAAUGUUUUACAUCUGCCCAGGACUAAAGAGCUCGCUGUGAGGCAGUAGCUGCAUCUGAACCAGCCCGAGGAGAAACGCAGCCCCAGGGAUCCAAGCUGCCUCUGGGUUGUGGGAAGUAAUCUCAGAGCUACGUCAGUCAAGCUGCAGCUGACUCCAAAGCAAGCAUUCGGUCCCAGCAUGCGUUCUCCCGUGUACCUACCUGUGAUGCAGGGGUUUGUGUGGCCUUGAAAGGCGCUGCUGCUUUUGUUAUGGUCAAAGUCGGGGCUGAUACUGGUCCCUUCCUGUAAGCAAGGCUCAACAAUGUGCUAAAAUACAGUUCCUGCAUGGUGACAAGGUCCUUUUCUGUGACUGUAGUGCCCAUCCAUGCCUCGCACUGUUUAAAGACCCUGAGCCCUGACUGCUGCAAAACUCUCUUGAGAAGAGUUGUGUGAUAUCCCAGACUUGUUCCCCAUGGUGAGAGGGGAGCUGUGUUCCAGGCAAGAGGGCUUGGGGCCAUGGAGGGAGCAUGAGAGGUGCCUGCAGGAUCCCCACCUUCCAGCACAGGGAAGGCAUAGCUGUGUCACAGCUAAAGUGGGCCAUCCCUCACACAGGUUCGUGGAUCCUGAUCUGAGGCUUGUGUGGGACUCGCAGGGAAAAAGGGCAGUUAAUCCCUAGUGGGAAGUGAGAAUGAACACAUAAUUCCUAAAUUAACAUGGCUGCAAAUGGGGUAAAUUGCUCCAGUGCUGUGAUGGUUCCAGCCCCUCCUGCCUGUGUCUCAGGGUGUCCCCACCAAGAGGGUGUUUAGUGGACAUGGACCCUGAUCUCUGGAAAGUCAUCCUUGCUGUUGGUCGUGUGUCACUGCUGCCUUGUGUGGGGCUGGGUGCUGGGGGAGCCUUGCAGGAGCUGA